CAAAAAUAUCUCUGUUUCUCUCUGAGCUCUAAGUUCUCCACCAACCUCGAACCAAUCGAGCUCCGCGGGCUCGAAAUCCGCGACCCGACCCGAUCCAUUUCGACCGGAAUUCGAGCCUCGGAGACUUCUUUUACCGACGGGGAUCGCGAUGAGUUCGGAUUCGGAUUUGGUGCGGAAGCUGGAGUCGGCGCUGGGGGUUUCGUUCGGAGGCUCGCUGACGGACACGGCGGUGCUGAUCGCGACGACCUCGAUUGCGUUGAUCAUUGGGGUUUUGGUGGUGCUGUGGCGGAGAUCGUCGGAUCGGGGCCGCGAGGUGAAGCAGCUGGUGGUGCCGAAGGCGGUGCCGUUUAAGGAGGAGGAGGAUGAGUUUGAGGUCGCGUCGGGGAAGACUAGGGUUUCUAUCUUCUAUGGGACUCAGACCGGCACAGCUGAAGGCUUUGCUAAGGCUUUGGCUGAAGAGAUCAAGGCAAGAUAUGAGAAGGCUGCUGUCAAGGUUAUUGACCUGGAUGAUUAUGCUGCAGAGGAUGAUAAAUAUGAAGAAAAACUGAAGAAAGAGACUAUGGUAUUUUUCAUGUUGGCCACUUAUGGAGAUGGGGAGCCAACUGAUAAUGCAGCAAGAUUUUACAAAUGGUUUACUGAGGGAACAGAUAGGGGUGUGUGGCUGGAACAACUAAGAUAUGGUGUUUUUGGUUUGGGUAACCGACAAUAUGAACAUUUUAAUAAGAUAGCAAAAGUGGUUGACGAUCUACUUGUUGAACAAGGUGCAAAGCGUCUUGUUACCGUUGGCUUAGGUGAUGAUGAUCAAUGCAUUGAGGAUGACUUUUCUGCUUGGAAGGAAGCCCUGUGGCCUGAGCUAGAUCAAUUACUCCAGGAUGAUACAAAUACUGUGUCUACCCCAUAUACAGCUGUGAUUUCCGAAUAUAGAGUUGUUAUUCAUGAUCCCAGUGUUACCUCUUAUGAGGAUCAUAACUCGAAUAUGGCAAAUGGGAAUGCUUCUUUUGACAUUCAUCAUCCUUGCAGAGUUAAAGUUGCUGUUCAGAAAGAGCUUCACAAGCCUGAGUCUGAUCGCUCUUGCAUACAUCUGGAAUUUGACAUCCAUGCAACUGGUAUUACGUACGAAACUGGAGACCACGUGGGUGUUUAUGCAGAUAAUUGUGAUGAUACUGUUGAAGAAGCCGCAAAGUUGUUGGGUCAACCUUUAGAUUUGCUGUUCUCCAUUCACACUGAUAAUGAUGAUGGCACAUCGCUUGGAAGCUCAUUGCCUCCUCCUUUCCCCAGUCCUUGCACGCUCAAAACAGCAUUGGCACGUUACGCUGACCUGUUGAACCCACCUAAGAAGGCCGCUUUAAUUGCUUUGGCUGCACAUGCUGCUGAACCUAGUGAGGCAGAAAGACUCAAGUUCUUAGCAUCACCUCAGGGGAAGGAUGAGUACUCAAAAUGGGUUGUUGGAAGUCAGAGAAGUCUUGUAGAGGUAAUGGCUGAAUUCCCAUCAGCAAAGCCUCCACUAGGCGUGUUUUUUGCUGCAGUUGCCCCUCGCUUGCAGCCUCGUUACUAUUCAAUUUCGUCAUCACCAAGGUUUGCCCCACAUCGUGUUCAUGUGACCUGUGCUUUGGUUUAUGGUCCAAGUCCGACUGGCAGAAUUCACAAAGGAGUGUGUUCAUUCUGGAUGAAGAAUGCAGUUCCUCUGGAGAAAAGCCAGAACUGCAGCUGGGCUCCUAUAUAUAUUAGGCAAUCUAAUUUCAAAUUGCCUUCUGACCAUUCAGUCCCAAUUGUCAUGGUGGGGCCUGGUACAGGCUUAGCACCUUUCCGAGGAUUCCUACAGGAAAGAUUAGCCCUGAAAGAAGAAGAUGCCCAACUUGGUCCUGCAAUUCUCUUCUUUGGUUGUCGGAAUCGCCAAAUGGAUUUCAUAUAUGAAGAUGAGUUGAAUAAUUUUGUGGAACAAGGUGCAUUAUCAGAGUUAGUAGUUGCAUUCUCACGGGAGGGACCAUCAAAGGAGUAUGUUCAACAUAAGAUGGUGGAGAAAGCAGCAUACAUGUGGAACCUAAUAUCGCAAGGGGGAUACUUCUACGUAUGUGGCGAUGCCAAGGGUAUGGCAAGAGAUGUUCAUCGGACUUUGCAUACCAUUGUCCAGCAAGAGGAUAAAGUAGACUCGACAAAGGCAGAGGCUAUAGUGAAAAAACUCCAGAUGGAUGGGCGAUAUCUUAGGGAUGUCUGGUGAUAUUACUUUCCCUCCAUCAGUUUGCUUGUAUCAUCUUUCGGAACAUUGGAUUUAUAAUAUUUUCGAGGUCGUCAGGCUUUAGCUGGUGAAUUCUAUCCAAUUUAUAGUAGCAGGUUUGAAAAAUAUCGGUGGGAACUGAAACCUGGCUCCCCUAUAUGGAUUUAGUUACAAGUUGAUAGAUGUCUGACAUUUUUCCCCCUCUUUUCCAUAGAAGGAUCAUUUAUGUUUAGGAGUGUAAGCUAGCUACAAAUAUCUCAAACAUACAUACUCAGUUGGCUCUUGGCUGUUGUUUCAAAUAUUGUUUACAUUUUUUUCUUCAGUAAAUUAUGCUAAUUAGAAUAAAGCUGAAUUGGUCUUU